AAGUCUUUGUUUUUAUUUUGCAUUCAAGCUUGUGUGGAGUAAAGACUUACUGACUGGACUGACUAGGCUACCCAACUCUUAUUCGACUGAAAAUGUUUAAACUACAGUUGUUGCGUGUGUUUUUAAAUGAGCGUUUAACGGCGGCUGCUGUGGAGAUUUUUGGGGCAGUUGAGAAAACGGUAAUGGAGUACCAGGAGGAGAAUGAUCGGCUACGGAGACUGCUGCGGAUCACACCGGAGCUCAUUACACCAGAGAUACAACUAUGUCGAACUGACUCCCUGCAGCUCUCUCUCUCUGUCUCUGAAGAGCAGGUUCCCCCUGAGCAGCAGCACUGUGAGCAGGAGUGGAGCCCCAGUCUGKGGCAGGAGGACUCAGAGACCACACAGAUUAAAGAGGAACAGGAGGAAGUCAGSACCAGUCAGGAGGAAGAGCAGCUUCAAGGGUUCUUUGACACCAAAGACUCCAUAUUUACUCCUUCCUGUGUGAAAAGUGAAUGUGAUCAGGAGGAAUCACUUCAGUCCCUGACUCUUCCCCAAACCCGGACUGUGGAGAACAGAGAGAGUGACUCUAAACCAAUGAAUCUCAAACCUUUUGGCAUUGUGACCCGMCUAAAGGAUCUCAACAUUCUGUAUGACCCUCCAGAUUAUCAAAACAAUGCUUUCAUCCUCAGCUCAGCCGUAAGCAGCGACCCAGUAGGACUUUACAGCAGCCCACCAUUGGAUCCCAACCCACCAAUGGAGAAACAGUGUUUCAUACCCAGCACAUCUAGAAAAACUCACCACUGCCGUGACUGUGGUGAAACAUUUGCACUGAAAGCUGACCUGCAGAGGCAUGUGACUCACACCAGGAAGAGACCCAGUGAAUGCCUCUUCUGCAAAAAACUCUAUAACUCCACCUGUAAACUGAAGGCCCACGUCAGGCUCUGUCAUGGUGGGAAACCCUGCACCUGCCCCUUUUGUGGAAAGACCUUCAAACAAAAAGGACAUCUGUCCAGGCACAUGAGUAUUCACACAGGAGAGAAACCAUUUUGCUGUGGUGACUGUUGGAAAAGCUUCAAUCGUAAGGAGCACCUUACCAGGCAUAUACGCAUUCACAGAGGAGAGAAACCUUUUAGCUGUGGUGACUGUGGGAAAAGCUUCAAUCGCAAGGAGCACCUAACUGAACAUAGACAGACUCACACAGGAGAAAAACAACAUGGCUGCUCAGUCUGUGGUAAAAGAUUCACUCGGAAGACUCAUCUGCUGAAGCAUGUGGAUAAUAUCCACAAAGAGAGRRAAACAGACAGAAGAAAGAAAAUCUUCAGUCAGAAGAUGGGAAUAAAAAGRCAGGAUGUGGACAACACUCUUGGGAAAGGAAAGCAACUCCAGACCAUUCAUACUAUGGGCCUCAGAUAAAUAAAUCUUUGAAUGUAAAUUAAGUUUGAUCAUUACCUCAUCAUUCAAAUCAAACAGUACAGAGUAUUGUAGGAAAUUCACAGGUCUGCUGUAAUAAUAAUAAUAAUAAGUAAUAAUUCAUUACAUUUGUAAAGGGCUUUUAAUUAUACAGAAUAAUCUCAAAGUGCAUAAAAUGAAAACCCCCAAAAUAUAUAUUAAUGGACACAAUUACACAGGGCAACUGACAGAUGACGCUACAAGGGACAUGGACAAGGAGGGAUAUUGCCAUGAAUACACUGGAAAGUCAGYAGGAGGGGUUUGAAUUCAGUCUGGAAUGAGACGGGGAGCCAGUACAGAGAUGCCAGGAUGGGGGUGAUGUGAUGGUGUUGAGACGGGGAGCCAGUACAGAGAUGCCAGGAUGGGGGUGAUGUGAUGGUGUUGAGAUGGGGAGCCAGUACAGAGAUGCCAGGAUGGAG